CUGGAGGCAUCUAGACAAGAACCGAGUGUAAUUUCACCUCCUGCGGGGACCCCAUAGCCAGCUCUUUUUCUUGCAAAACUAAACUUUGGAAUCUCAGUGUAAAUGCUUUAAACCCCAACUCUCCCUCUCAAAGACUAAUCUUCUGUGUGUAAAUAUUCACUGAGCACCUGUCAGGAGACUAUAGACUAACCUGGAGUGGCAGCAGACCUACUCUAGCCUAGGCAGAAGAGCUAGGUUUCUCAGGAAGUGGGCCUGCUAUAAAUUUACUUCAGGUUCCACUGCAAUAUUUGUUAUGAUGGCUUCUCUAGGGAAGACUGAAGCGCUUUCUUUUGUGGACACAUUUAAUGAAGAUGAAGCUGAAAAAAAUUUUAUGUUGUCUAAACCUGUCUGCUUUGCUGUAUUUGGGAAACCAGGGGUUGGAAAGACGACAUUGGCUAGUCAUAUAACACAAGCAUGGAAAUGUAUUCCUGUAGAAGCUUUACCGCUUUUGGAAGAACAGAUUGCUACUGAAACCCCAUCAGGACUUAUGCUGCAGUCGUUACUGGUGAGUGGUCAGAGCAUCCCGGAUGAGCUCAUCAUAAAGAUGAUGCUGGAGAAGCUCAGCUCCACGGAAGUCUCUCAUUUCGGUUAUAUUAUUACUGAGAUACCAUCAUUUUCAGAGGGUGCCUUGACUACUACUCAGCAAAUAGAUUUACUUAAAAAUUUAAACUUGAAACCUGAUAUUAUAAUUAAUAUUAAGUGUCCUGACUACGAUUUAUGCCAAAGAAUUUCUGGGCAAAGGCAACAUAGUAGCACAGGACAUAUAUACACCCGAGAUCAGUGGGACCCUGAGAUUAUCGAGAGUCGCAGGAAAAAGAAGAAAGAUAUUCAAAGAGAUGUGAAAGGAGAAGAGGAAGGGGAAGAGGAAGAAGAGCAAGAAGAAGAAGAGGCAUUUAUUGCUGAAAUGCAGAUGGUGGCUGAAAUUCUUCAGCAUUUGGUUCAGAGGCCUGAGGAUUAUCUGGAAAACGUUGAGCAGAUUGUUGGCCUCUAUAAAGAACUACUUCUUCCUUCUUUAGAGGAAGUAAUGGCUGAACACAACUCCCAGUAUCUCAUUGAACUAGAUGGAAAUAGGACCCCAGAUGAACUCUUUUUGACAGUCCUGGAUCGGCUUAAGUAUCUGAACUUAAAGAAAGCGGCGAUUAUAACCAAACUUCACAGUACAGAGGAAGAAGCAAAUUAUGUCAUUGAAAAUGACGAGCUGCUCCGGACGCUGGCAUCCUAUAAGCUUCUUGCACCGAGAUACAGAUGGCAGAGAAGCAGAUGGGGACGUAUCUGUCCCGUAUCUUUAAAAGAAGGUAACCUUUAUCAAGGGUCACCAGACUUUGCUGUGAGUUUUCUAGGUAAAAUAUACUGCCUCUCAUCGGAAGAAGCCAUGAAAACAUUCUCAUUGAACCCACGUCCCUAUCUUCUUCCACCUAUGCCAGCGCCGCCAUUUAAAGUGUUUGUGUUUGGACCUCCAUCUUCAGGGAAAACAACACUUUGCAAAUUGCUUGCAGAACAUUACAAAGGAAAGGUAAUUGAUUACUCCGAGCAUGUCCAACCACAGUUUGAUAAAUCUCUUGAACGGUUAAAAGCAAACGCUAUUGCUGAGGCCACUGAAGCAGCCAUUAAAAUUGUGAAAGAACGACUUAACACACAACUCCAAAAUAAAAAACAAGCCAGGUCAUUGUUUAGAAGAUCUCCAAGUGAAAAUGGAAAGAAGGAAACAGAUGAGUAUGUACCUAGUAUGCUGAGAAACUUAGAAGAAAUGAGCUCGUCACAGGAAGAAUUUGAAACCAGUCAGAGCUCUACAAUUCAGCGAAGUUCUUACGAAAGCAGCCAAGAUUCAAAGUAUGAGAAAUUAUCAGAAUCAUUAGAAGAGAUAGAGGAGGUGACUUCAAAUCAUCCAGAUGUUCUUUCCAUGUUAGAAGACACUAUGAGACUGACAAGAGAUAUGCAAUUUGAACAACCAUAUGAAAAGCAUGCUGAAAUAUUAGAGGAAGUCCUCAAAGAGGUGGUGGAAGAAAACAAGAGUCAGUUUCCUGAUGCCCCCAGAUUUGGAGGCUGGGUUCUGGACAACCCUCCUUUAAUACGAGAGCUGUGGACAGUCUUGGUGGAAAAAGGAACGGCACCGGAUUUAGUCGUCGUUCUAUUGAAUGGGGAAGAGAAUGGAAAAUGUUUACUACAUAGACUAUAUUUGCAAAAGAAACUUGAAAUUGACUCAAGUAUUUUUAGAAGAUUACUAGAGGAACAAUAUGAGGUAAAACAAGAAGAAGAAGCAAGAAAAGCCGCAGAGGAGGCACAGCGGCGAGAAGAGGAAAAGCAAAUCCGGUUGGAAGCUGAGAAAGUGAAAGGCAAGCGUGGGUUGAUACUUCAGUUUGAUCUUAUGUUCUCCGUGUCUUUCUCUCCUUCUCUCUACAGAAGUACACCUCAGUCUACACUAACUACACUUUGUGGGCUCAGUAGAAACACGCAGCUCAUGGUGGCAUACCAGACAAGAAUUCAUUCCCAUUUUCUUCUAGAAGAAGAUACUGACAAUGAGAUAGAAAUGGAGUUGGAAGGUGAGGAGCCUGACAUCCAAAGAGAAUCGGAAGGACUUGAAGUCAUUGAGGAGGGCAGGGAAGCUGAAGAGCUUGAGGUUCCUGAGGCUCUUAGACCAGAGGCUGAACCAGUUUUCGAGGAUCUUUAUAAAUCAUCUAAACCUACAGCUGAGACUGAAAUUCCAAAAAAAGAAUCUAAGGAGGGACUGAAAACUGAAAAUGUAUUUGAAACAGUUGCACUACCUGACUUCGCAGAAGAUGCUUAUCCUGAUGUUCCGGAAAUGGAUCCAUUUAAAGAGAUAGUUAAACAUUUCGUCAGUUCUUGGAAACAGCUAGAAAUAUCAAUCAUUGAUUCGAUGACUCAAGUAUUAAAGUUGGAGAUUGCUGACAGAACUCCAGAGGAGCUGCUGCAAAGAGUAAUUGAGACUAUGGAAAAACCUCUUCAGUAUGCUGCAUGGGAGAUGAGUGCAGAAGAUUAUGAGGAGGAAACAGAAGACUACCAGGCGGAAGUGGAAGCUGAGGAGGAGGUAGAAGGGGAGGAGGAGGAGGAAGAGGAAGAGUUUCCUGCUGAAGAUAAAAUUAAAGAAAAGAAGAGGCAACUGGGAGAUUCAAAGCACUUUUGUCCAGUAUUUCUCAAAGAAAACUUCAUCCUACAGCCAGGCAACACUGAUGAAGUGGUUAAGUACCGAGAAAAAAUCUACUACUUCUCAACUCCUGAAGCAAAGGAUAAGUUUUUGGAGCACCCUGAGGAGUAUACGGCUCACUCAGAGCCAUUAAAGGCUCCUCCAUUAAGAAUAUGCCUUCUGGGUCCCCAUGGUUCUGGCAAAACUACCUGCGGAAGACAGCUGGCAGAGAAGUUUGGCAUUUUUCACAUUCAGUUUGAUGAAUUUCUUCAAGAAAAACUAAUGCUAAAAACAGAAAGGAGAGUAGGACCCGAAUUUGAUGAAGAUUCUGAAGAAGAACGUGCAGCCAAAGAAGAAAUUGACGAGCUUGCAGUUCAAGCUAACAUGGAGAUUAAGGAAGAAAGUCCAAAGAAACCGCCUCCACAAAUACUGCUCACUGAGGAAGAAGAAAUUAUCAAAGCAAGCUUAAUGGAUAAUGAGGCAUUACCUCCCGAGAUUCUUGAGUCGAUUCUUUCUGAGUGGUGGUUUAAGGAACCAAUCUGUUCUACAGGUUUUAUCUUAGAUGGUUACCCACGAUAUCCUGAAGAAGCCCAGUUCCUAGGGGAACAUGGAUUUUUCCCAGAUGCUGCUGUUUUUAUACAAGUUGACGACCAAGAUGUUUCUGAUCGACUCCUUCCAGCCCAAAUUAAAAAGUGGAAACUGAAACAAAAGAAGAAAUCAGAAAGGAAAAAGCUCAUUAAGGAAUUGAAGGCAAAAAUCAAAAGUGAUAUGAUGGCUAAAAGAAGGGCUGAACUUUUAGCAGAAAGAGAGAAAAAAAUGAAGGAGAUGAGUCGAGAUGAUGAUGAGUCUAGUGAAGAAGAACCUGAGGAAGAUGAUGAUGAAGAUAUUGAGAACAUCCUUGAAGAUGAAUUUGGAAAAGAAGAGGAAGAGCAGAGUGACGAAGAUGAAGAAACUGAAAGCGAUGCAGUUGAGCGCCUGAGAGGAGAGAUGGGAGACAAGGUUGAAGCGGAUGCAGCUAGUUUACAAGCAGUGCAGGACGAACUUGAGAAGUUUUUGAUACCAAUAAUUCUCAUUAAUGGAGCACGGAAACCCCACAUUGUCCAAUACACAUUGACUAUGAAAUUGAAAACAAUGAUGGAAACUCGUGCAAGCAUUUUUGAAAAGUGUUAUCCAAUAUCAUCAAGUCUUGCCCAGAAGAUGCUCAAUUACACCUAUAAGUUUAUAAGUGCAUUCGGCUACUGGGAUCCUGUAAAGCUAAGUGAAGGCGAGACAAUCAAGCCGAUUGAAAGUGCAGAUAACCCACUGUAUCCUGUGAUCCAUCGUCAGUAUAUUUAUUUUUUAUCUAAUAAGGAAACCCGAGAAAAAUUUAUGAAGAACCCAAUCAAAUAUAUCUGCCAACCCAAACCUAAGCCAACUAUACCCAUUAGGAUUGCAAUUGUGGGACCUCCAAAAUCUGGGAAAACUACAGUUGCCAAAAGAUUUGCAAAUGAAUACGGCUUACAGCGGCUGUCAGUGGGAGAUGCCUUGCGUUUUGUAUUAAACAACCAACCAGACACAGAGCUGGCGCUUGUGUUAAAGUGGCAUCUGUAUAAAGGAAUGGCAGCACCCGAUGAACUGACUAUCCAGGCCCUAGAAAUCUGUCUGAUGGACAGUAAAUGCAACACUGCAGGUGUUGUCCUUGAUGGGUAUCCUAUAACUAAAAAUCAGAUGAACCUCAUGGAGCAGACAUCCAUCAUCCCCAUGAUCAUCUUUGAGCUGGACGUGCCUUCCAAAGAGAUUUUCCGAAGAUUGCUCUUGGAGAAAAAAAGGCAACCGAGUUUGCCUUAUCCAUUGCACAAUAGUGUGCAGAUCAUAUCUAUCAAGAACUCAAAGUACCGCAGAAAUGUUAAGGAGAUUAGGCGGUACUACCAAGAACAACAUCAGAAUUGGCAUGUGAUUGACGGAUUUCACAGCAAAUGGUGGGUAUGGAAUGAAGUCAUUAAACAGACUCAAGAGAUGAAUAGAUACAUGCAGACAUACCUGGAAAAAAUAAAGGAAGGAAAACCUGCCUGCAUUGACAAAUUAUGCAUCACACCUCAAGAGCUCGUUUCUCGCUUGGGCGAAUUUGAACAGUUCUGCCCGGUCAGCCUGGCUGAAUCAUAUGAAUUAGUCGACUGUUCUGCAAAUAAAUCAUUGGAACUUGCAGCGGAGUUCAGAGGGCACUACUAUAAAUUGAGUUCUCAGGAAAAAAUGAAGAAAUUUCUGGAAAACCCAGAAUUAUAUGUGCCUCCACUUGCCCCUCAUCCACUCCCAUCUGCAGACAUGAUCCCCAAAAGACUGACGCUAUCAGAGCUCAAGAAACGGUUCCCUAAAUGUGCUGAGCUUCAAGGCUACUGUCCAGUGACCUACCAGGACGGGAAGCAAAGAUAUGAAGCCUUAGUACCUGGUGAUAUUAACUACGCAGUAGAAUAUCGUGACCGUAUAUAUAUUUGUGAGAGCGAGGAAAAACUCCAGAAAUUUUUAAGAUCACCGUUGAACUACUGGAAUCAGAAGCUUCCCCACAAACUCCCACCAUUAAAGGAGCCAAUAACUCUUACUAGUCUUCCUAUACCCGGAUAUUUGGAACAGGGUAUCGCAACUUCUCUGAUUAAAGCAAUGAAUGCAGCAGGAUGCUUAAAGCCCAAAUUCCCAUUCUUAAGUAUAAAAAGAUCUGCACUACUAUAUAUAGCAUUUCAUCUAAAAGCCUUUAAUCCCAAAGGUUCAGAAUAUUCAAGGAAAAGGUACAAGAAGAAGAUGGAGUUGUUUGUGGAAAGGUGUGAACUCAUUUCGUACCUGGGUGCCAAGAUGAGUAAAAAGUACAAGGAGCCUCAGUUUAGACCAAUUGACUUUGAUCAUAAGUUACAGACCUUCCUCUCCCUCAGAAAUGCAGACCCAGUGAAUGGAUAGCCCACAAACUGUACCCGGUAUGUCAAGAGUUGUGUGAAAGGGACAGAAGGGAGUAGACUGAAAGUCUGACCCUCUGAUGUAUUUUCCAUGUCUAAUGUGCCAUUGAUGCCAGGCUUCAAACAGACUCAAGAGAUCUAGCAAGCAGGAAGGGGUGCUAUCGUGUAAGCGUGAGUUUUAACCUAAUUUUGAAAUUAUUGCUCUCAGCCUGAUGAACUUUGGUUGGUGCUUCAGCACAACAGCUUUUUCCAUUGAGUGUACUAGGUCUCUUGUUCGUUUUCCUUUUCAAUACUUUCAAUAGAAAGGCAGUCUCUGCUAAGGACAGUUACUCAUUAGUAAAAACAGAAAUACUGAUUAUGCUUUCCAAAUAUGGUGUUGGUGUUUGAAAAAUUUUAUGAAUGCUUUCUCAUUUUCCCAACAAAUAAAUGGAUUUUGAGAUAACUAUCAA